AGAGAGAGAGAGAGAGAGAGAGAGAGAGAGAGAGAGAGAGAGAGAGAGAGAGAGAGAGAGAGAGAGAGGAGAGAGAGAGAGAGAGAGAGAGAGAGAGAGAGACAUUAGGCCCAAAGCGCGAAGGUAUAGAUACAUACAUCAGCAGCAGAUGAGCAGUAGCUAGCCUGCAUUAGUCUAUUUACAGGAUACUCUGUACUUAGAUUGUGAUUGUUUUUGAUUUGCAAUGACGAUGGAUGUGGAUUUGUUAAGGCCAGGAACAGUGCCAAUUUCACCAGACACUGUUUUAUGGUUUGAAUUUUUGUUGAACCCUUCUUUACUACAGAUUCAUAUUUCAAAGCCGCUACCGGAUCCAUCACCAACAGAUCUUAUUAUUAAGUUUAUGACCAUUAAUGCUGAGCAAAAUAAUGAAGUUAAAGUGAUUGAAAAUGAUGCAAAUGAAAUAAAAAUUAAUGUUGUCAAUAAGUGGACGUACAAAAAUUUAGCUUUGAAGAUUUUGUCUUUAAAAGUAGCAGCUUAUUUAAAAUGGGAUUUGGAAUCACUGCAGAAAAAAAUACCUUUACAAAUGCAAUUAACUUUGUUGCAAGAUUUAUUUUUUAUAACAAUGGAUGCUGUGGUUGAAAUACCAGCAGUGCCAGAAACAAAGGCAAAAGAAGCUUCAGAUCGAGCUUUGUUUACAUUAGUGCUGUAUCAUAGGUGGUUGUUAAGAGCCAUUGUGUUUAGAGCAUUAAAUAAUAAGCAACAAAAAUCCUUUUCUCACAACCCAGUCAUUCAAGAAUCUAAUUUUGUAUCAUCUGUGAUGAAUGACGAGAUUAUAAGAAAAUUAGAUUCUCAGGCUACAAAUAGUAUUAACUUUUUAAAUGAGGUUUUAGAAUUAAAAGAUAUGAAACCUAAAGUCCUUACUUUCGAUACUUUUCAAAUGCUAACAGAAAAUAGUACAGAAAUUAAGCAAGAUUGGGAUAACACAUAUACUAUUACAGAAGAUGAAUUGAAAUGCCAAAUACAUUAUGAUCUUGCUGUGUUUCAUAUUCUUAGAGAAGAAUACCAAAAAGCAAAAUAUCAUAUUAGUCAAGCUAAAGAUUUGUACAACAAGCUUGAUACUUCUGAAUCUAUGCUGUACUGUAAAAUAAAAAAGGAACGUUUAGAUGGAUAUUGUUUAGCUUGCGAAGUAUCUGUUGAGGGUAAACAACCUAAUCUGACUCAGCAGCUACUAACUUCUAUCAAAGAUCAAUACACAAACAUUUUGCAAAUUUUACAAGCGGAUAAUAUUGCAAGAGAAAUACCUCAAGUCUAUAGGGAUAAUCUGGAAUUAGACAUUCAGGGUGGUUUAGUCAACAGAAAGAUAAUUGUUGCUCGUGAUUUGUUACUUCAAAUUCAAUGCCUCAAUCUUGUUCGUAAGGUAGUAGAAAAUGAAACAAUUAUUGGUGACUAUGUAACUGAAAUUAAAUCUGCAGGCUCCAAAGGAUUAGAAGUACUUUUUUGGGCAUUUAGCGGUAUUCUCGAAAAGAGUUCAGCUUUAGAUAAACAAAGGAUAGCUCGUCAUUUGCUAUAUCUUGUUAUAAUGGGUGACAUAGAUGGGCUUGCUUCUAGAAUUUUGAAUGAUCCUGUUUAUUCAAAUUUAUUUGAAGCUUCUGAAUUACAAGAAAUAAAGAAACAGUCAUUGUCUGAGAAUCUAGAUAUUCCAAAUUUACUGCUCAAUGAUGACUGGGGUAUCUCACCUGUUGAAUAUACUCAAAAACAAAAAAUUGAGAUGUUUCAAUUGGAACAACGUCUUAUUUUGUCUUACGAUCCUGAUGAAAUUCGAAAAAUUCUUAUGGAAAUUGUUCAUUUUCAUAGUGGUGAUUCGAGAUAUGUAAAGCCAUUAUGGCAAACAAAUAAUUCAUGGGAAAUACCAAUCCCUUUGCAAAGUGUUAUAUCUGCAUUACCAGCUAGUUUUUUGAAAGAUUAUUCUUACAUAUUAUUGGCAAAGAGUAAAGAGCUUGCUUUAUCAAAAGACUUUUCUGGGGCGAAAUCGUUAUUAAGUAUAGUAGAAAAUGAAAUACAGCGUGAUGCACCAAUUUUGAAGGAAGUUACCAAAGGAGGACAUAACUCAAUACCAAAACUUUUGAAGCUUCUCAGUUGGGAAUCGUUAUUGGUUGAAAUAUGUAAUUGUUUAUAUGCAUGGCCUGUAACUGAUAUUCGUAUAACACAGGAAUUGACUGACGAAUGCAAACAGUGCUUAGCUGCACUCCAAUCGACAGACCAAGUCAUACCUAGACAAGAAAUAAUUGAAUAUUGCACUGUAUUUCUUUUAAACAUGGCUGAAUGGGACUAUUUAACAAACCUAGAGAAGCAGUGGAGUUGUUUUGAAUUCGCAGCAGCAUUGAGUAAUGUGGCAAAACAUAAAGGCCAAAAGUUUCCAAAAGAUGCUUGGGAAAUGGUUUUAGCAGCUAUAAGACCAAAUUCUCACAUGCAACAAAAACGUAGCAGUGGUAACAGUGGAUCAUCAGGAAACAGUGUAUCAAGGGAUACUUUGGCUAAUAUAUCAUCAACUUUUAGUCGAUUAAGAGAAGUCACAGUGUUAAAUAUUGCAAUUUCGUUACUUGCCCGAUUGCACAACAUUUUGAGAGAUGAAUCUAGUUUAGAAUUGUACACAACAUAUUUAAAUAUGUGGCCUGCGAGUGUGCCAAAUGCUAAGCAGUAUAAUACUAGGGUAAUAGGUGAACAUUUAUUUCAAUUAUUAUCUAUGGCAUUGAAAUAUUACCCAAAUAAUGUAUCUUGGUUAAGACUGAUGGGAGAUCUUAAUUUUGUACUAGGCUAUUACGAAAGUGCAAUGAAGUAUUACUUGGAAGCAAUUAUAGUAGCCACUGACUUAUUCACUUUAAAAAUACAAGGUCAACUCGAUGAUUUAGUCUACAGAAGAAUGAUUAAAUGUUGUGCUCAUUUACAAUGCAAUACUCAAGCAGUAGUGCUUUGUCAAUUUCUUGAUGAAGUGGAUUAUGCUUUAGCUUUCAAAAUGGCUGGAAACGAGCAGAAAAAUGCAGCACCCAAUGAUGCAAUGGAUGCAUACUAUCAUUGUAUUUGGGAUACAACGAUUCUUGAAUAUCUUAUCAAUUUGCACACAAAGAGAGGAGAACACCAUAGAAAACAACUUGCUAUCAAAGUUAUUGGUCUCUUGGAAUUGAACUCCAAUAAUAAUGAAGAAAUACAGAGAGAAGCUGCUAAUACACGUAAAGCCAGGUUUCUUCGAGCUCUUGCCAAACAAUAUGUUUAUUAGAAAUAUUGAAUGAAUGAACUGUGAAAGUAUUUUUGAUCCAAUAGACAUGAAUGAAUGUAUUUUGUGAAUAGUUUUUUUUUAUUUGAAAGUUAUAAGUUCUUUAAUGGAUAAGAUGCAUUUAAAUAUGUAUAGAGUAGAAUAAUAAUUUUUCUUAAUAAACCCUGAAACGUACAAACAA